CACACACACACACACACACACACACACACACACACACACACACACACACACCUGGAGGCUGCCCAGUACAAUGUUUGACCAGUGAGCAGUUGAGGGUUAAUGGUCUUGCACAAGAACAACAUGGGUGGUAAUUUGUAAUUUGUAAUUUGGUAACCUUGUUACAAGCUUUCUUCUGUAACGUUUAGGGCUACCACUGCCAAUUGAAGUAGACCCCCACCGUGCUCCUGAUGUGUUUUUGUGUAAGUCACUUGAGACAAAAGCCUCUGUCUCUAUUAUAAAUAUUUACAGCUGACAUUUUCCUGAAAUGUGAGCGUGUACUUGCAGGAUUGAAACAGCAGAGAUGGUACACACAGAGUGGUUUUGUACUGGGUUUAACACGCUGCAUAAACAUACUGAUUUAAAGAAAAUAAAAUUAACAUCAUCCAGAAUCCUCUAACCUUGAGUAACAUUAUUGUUGAGUCACUUGGGCCUACUACCGGUAUUUCUACUCCUAAAGCAUGUUAGUCUCAUCAAAUAAGUGCUCAUAUCUGUGAUCUGCAGGUCUAAUGUUUGGAAAAGGUAAACAUUAACACAUCAUCCUGAAACAACCUCAAUAAAGGCUUUCGCACACAAAGAAGAGCAGAUGGUCGGCCUGCUUUCAGUGAUGGAACCAUACAGAAUAAGAAGAUGCGCUGGUUGCCAGUAACCGGCUCGUUGUCCAGCUUCAGUAGGCUACAGAGAGAUUAUAAGGCAGCGGAGGAGAUCUGUCUGGCAGAUAAAGAUGGUGUUUCGGAGCGAGGAGAUGUGCUUGGCGCAAUUGUUUCUGCAGUCCGGCUCUGAAUAUGACUGCAUCAGUGAGCUCGGGGAGCUGGGGCUGGUCGAGUUUCGAGAUCUCAAUCCGAGUGUCAGCUCAUUCCAGCGGCGCUUUGUCAGCGAAAUCAAGAGAUGUGAUGAGAUGGAGAGGAUUCUGGGAUACCUUCUGAGGGAGAUCCAAAAGGCUAACAUAGCUGUUCCAGAGGAGGAUGAGAGUCCAGUUGCUCCUCCCCCCAGACAAGUCCUCGAGAUCAUGGAGCAGCUUCAGAGGCUGGAGAUGGAGCUCAGCGAGGUGGCCCGAAACAAAGAGAAACUGCAGAGGAACCUCCUGGAGCUCACCGAGUACACACACAUGCUGAAGAUCACACGGACCUUCAUACACAGCCGCUCCAGACAUGAGGCUCUUGGUCCCCAGUAUGAAGAAUUCCCCACUAUGGAGACAGACUCAGUGACAGGAUGCACCGGUAUGCAAAGACUCGGAGCCAAGCUGGGGUUUGUGUCGGGCCUCAUUCAGCGGGUGAAGGUGGAGGCCUUUGAGCGUAUGCUGUGGAGAGUGUGUAAGGGUUACACCAUCCUCAGCUACGCAGAAGUGGAAGAGAACCUUGCUGAUCUCGACACUGGUGAAAUCAGCAAAAGUGUUGUGUUUCUCAUCUCUUUCUGGGGAGACCAGAUUGGACAAAAAGUACAAAAAAUCUGCGAUUGUUACCACUGCCAUCUUUACCCACACCCUGAGAAUGAUGAGGAGCGGGCAGAUGUAUUGGACAGCUUAAGGACUCGCAUCCAAGACCUUAACAACGUGCUGCACCGCACUGAGGACUACCUGAGGCAGGUUCUGCAGAAGGCCUCGGAGUCGGCCUACACCUGGGUUGUGAAGGUAAAAAAGAUGAAGGCAAUCUACCAUAUCCUGAACCUGUGCAGCUUCGAUGUUACCAACAAGUGUCUGAUUGCGGAAGUGUGGUGUCCCGUCAGUGACCUGGCAAACCUGCGAGGGGCGCUGGAAGAGGGCGCGAGAAAAGGUGAUUCCACCGUACCGUCCUUUGUGAACCGCAUCCCGAGUUCUGACACACCACCCACCAUGUUACGAACCAACAAGUUCACAUCUGGCUUUCAGAGCAUUGUGGAGGCGUAUGGGGUGGGGGACUAUCGCGAGGUAAGCCCAGCUCCCUACACCAUCAUCACAUUCCCCUUUCUGUUUGCUGUGAUGUUUGGCGACCUCGGCCACGGAAUGGUAAUGAGUCUCUUUGCCUUGUGGAUGGUGCUGAUGGAAAAAAAGCAGAAGAAGAAACGAUCCAGUAAUGAGAUAUGGGCGAUGCUCUUCAACGGACGUUACAUCAUCCUCAUGAUGGGGCUUUUCUCUAUCUACACCGGGCUGAUUUACAAUGACUGUUUCUCCAAGUCUCUCAACAUAUUUGGCUCUGGGUGGAGUGUAAAGGCUAUGUUUACACAUCAGCAGUGGACAAAUAAAACCCUCCAAACAAAUGCUUUGCUCACGUUAGACCCUAACGUCAGUGGCGUUUUCAUUGGGCCGUACCCAUUUGGCAUCGAUCCUAUAUGGAACAUGGCAGUGAACCGGCUAUCCUUCCUCAACUCCUACAAGAUGAAGAUGUCCGUUGUUAUCGGGGUCAUCCACAUGAGCUUUGGAGUGGUGCUGAGUGUCUUCAAUCACUUGCACUUCCGACAGAAAUUUAAUGUCUAUCUGCUAUUUCUUCCUGAGCUGCUCUUCCUGCUCUGUCUCUUUGGCUACCUGGUCUUCAUGAUUCUCUACAAGUGGUUGGCGUUCGGUGCACGAGACUCCAGCCAGGCUCCCAGCAUCCUCAUCCACUUCAUUAACAUGUUUGUCAUGCAGGGGAAGGAUCUCACUCCUCUCUACCCAGGACAGACUGGGCUGCAGAUUUUCUUAGUUGUGAUAGCUAUGCUGUCAGUUCCUGUGCUGCUGUUAGGAAAACCUCUUUACUUGUAUUGGCUGUACCGUGGAGGCAAAGGCCUGCGCAGACGCAGAGGUUAUGAGAGGGUGAGGCGUGUAAGUGAGGAUGACAAUUCCACAGCACCAUCCUAUGAAGAUGAUGAAGAGGAGGGACUUGAUAAAAUGCCAAGCAGAGAAGCUCUUCCCAAAGAGUUUGACUUUGCGGAUGUGCUCCUGUACCAGGCCAUUCACACCAUCGAGUACUGCCUGGGUUGCAUUUCUAACACUGCAUCAUACCUGCGUCUCUGGGCACUCAGCUUGGCUCACGCCCAGCUGUCGGAGGUGUUGUGGGGCAUGGUGAUGCGCCUGGGUCUGAGGAUCACCACGAGAGUGGGGGUGGUGUUUUUAGUUCCUGUGUUCGGACUCUUCGCCAUGCUCACCGUGUCCAUCCUACUAGUCAUGGAAGGUUUAUCAGCGUUCCUUCACGCUCUCAGACUUCACUGGGUGGAGUUUCAGAACAAAUUCUACCAUGGGACUGGUGUCAAGUUUGUGCCCUUUGACUUCUCUCUCCUGCCCUCGGUUUUUGAACAAGAUGGCUUGCUCUAAAAAAAAAAAAUGGACUCUGAAGUAUUGCAUAAGAGUGGAAGAAGACUUAAUAAUUGGGAAGGAUGCUGGAAGUUCAAACAAUUCACACUGUGGUGACGACAACAAACCUUCAAGACAAUGGACUGAAACUCACUCUUGUAGCAACGUUUUUCACCAUGACAAUUUUUUAAAUGUUAUCGGCUGUGCUGACUGCCUUACUACUGUACCCAGCAAACCUCUGAAUGUACAGAGGUUCGAAAUUCUUCUUGCGUUAAUGAUUUAAUUUUGUAGGUGAGAUACUGCUGAACAUUACUUGCCACACCAGUUAGGUGAGUUUAAAUAUUUUAUUUGCAUUGUGCUGUGUAAACUGGUUUUGUAUUAUUUACAACGUGGUAUUUAAAAUAAAAAGUUAUACAGUGCAAUGUAAAGUCAAAAGAAUAUCUAUCGGCGACCAUUUCAAGCAUCCUGAUGUAGUGCCAUAGAGAUUUACUUCUGAUAAUGAUAUAGGGAUGCCUUUGGGUCUUUUAAAACUGCUCCUCUACAUGAGAGAAAACCUGUACACAUCAAAAUCUAAAGUUAAGAAAAUAAAAACAUUACAACCCUUUUUGUGAGGCAUAAUUUCACAAAGCACUUUGCAGAAAUGAUUGUACAAUGAAAAGUUUUCACUGAUGACUGUGAUGAUGCCAAAUGAAAAUAAUCUUCAACUGUUAGCUACAGUAUUUGCUUAUACUUAUUAAUGCAUUAAUUUAAGCGUAACCUCCCCUGUAGUCAAUAGAAAAAUGUCAAAUACUCCAGAAAAACUCAAGAAGCCUUGGGCCUUUCUUUGAUGAUACUGCUUGUUGCGUUUGUUAAUGAUAAUUAAUCAUGGUAUUCAUUUAAAUUAUUGUCUGUACAAGAAUAUUUUACGAUUUUGAUGUGUUGAAUAAAGGUUUCAGCAAAUGCAAGCAAA